UGAGGGAGAGACAGUUAGACAGAGGAGGAGGGUUAGUGAGGGAGAGACAGUUAGACAGAGGUUGUUGGUAGUAGAGGGGAUCGUUUGUGUUGUUCUGUUCACCAUGGAAUCCUCCACCACAGGUCUGGUCCUCUGUUCUCUACUGUGGACAGUAUGUGCUCAGGUCCCAGUGGUUUCAAUUGAACCCAAGGCAGCGGGGGUCCGCCAGGGGGAGUCUGUCAGUUUCCGUUGCCGGGUGGUCAGUGGGUCGCAGCCUGUCCGUCUGGAAUGGAAAAGAACAAACAACAGUCCGCUGGCAGACAAUGUGAAGAUAGGCCCGGAUGGAUCAGUGCUAACCAUCGCUAACGCCAGGAUCAAUAACCAAGGACAGUACCGUUGCGUGGCAACCAACUCAGCAGGACGAAGCACCAUGACAACCUUGUUGACCAUCAAAUAUUCCCCCAAGGUGCAGGUGACCCCAGUCGGGCCCCUGCGUGUACGGGUGGGUGAGCCCGUGUCUCUGGAAUGCCGCGCCACAGGCAAGCCACGGCCCACCGUUACCUGGCAACGAAACGGAACACCACUGGUCACCACGGCGACUGAGGACAACAACACUAUGCAGGUGGCAGCAGCCGGUCCUGAGCACGCUGGGGUGUGGGUUUGUCAGGCUCAGAACAGCGAGGGCAUCGUGGAGGUCAAGGUGGAGGUCAUCGUGGAAGGUGUCCAGGGCGGAGCCACGGCCCCCAUGGCGUCGGUGUCGGCGGCGGAGUUGAUAGCGGUGGAGGGGAAGACGGUUACCAUGCAGUGUCAGGCCAGCGGUUCCCCCCCUCCUGUCAUCUCCUGGUCUAAGCUGCGUGCCCCGUUGCCAUGGCAGCACACGGUAGAGGGUGGCGUUCUGACACUGACCAGUUUGGGGCGUCAGGACUCAGGACAGUACAUCUGUAACGCCACGAAUAUACAUGGAUACAGCGAGGCAUACACACAACUAGAGGUGGACUCACCUCCAUACACCACCAUUCUACCUGAUCAGUUGAAACUACGCCCGGGCGACGCACUCCGCCUCCAGUGUCUCGCACACGGCUCCCACCCAAUCGCGUUCCACUGGACCCGGGUGGGCAGGGCCACAAUGCCCGCGGGGGCAGAGACCACCAAGGAAGGCAAGCUCCUGAUUGGCCGGGUGAAGCUUGUUGACAGUGGGACAUACAGAUGUGUGGCAACCAACCAUGUGGGCUCCAGUGAAGCCACGGCUAAAGUCACCGUGAAAGCAGCCUGAACCAGCCAAUCACCUGUGCCCCUUGCUGUGUGACAUGUUGAUGACAGGUCGCCACACCCAUCCUCUGCUGUUGCCACACCCCCUGCAACUGCACAUCCUGUGAAACAGGGUCAUCGUUACCAUGUUGAAGCUGUAUAUUAAAUUAAAUAAAAGCAUUGAUGUCACACUGUA